UCCUUUUUACAGGUUGCAUUUGUGGCUCAGAUAUCGGUGCUGAUACAGACAUCGUGGGUUUGAUCCUUGUGUGGAGUACUGUCAAAGCAUUUCACACACACUUGCAAAUACUGUAACUGUGCACUUGAGAGCAGCUUUGCAACAUUUUCAGCAGCUUUUGCAUCCCUUAAUGCAUCCACAACAUAGCAACUCAUGCAAAAUAUUCCACGUGGCUGUGGCAGGUUACCAAGAGCAAAGAUGUCCCAAGAUUCUGAUGAUGUGUCAGCCAACAAUCAGAGUGAGGAAUAUGAUGAACCUACAGUUGAAUCGGAUCCUGAGGAAGAAUCAAGAGCUGAUCCGGAUGAGGGUGAAACGGAAGAUCUAGUCAUCCUUGACCCCAAUGCAGUGGAGGUUGACUUAAAUCACCGCCGCAUUGCCAAGAUAGAGAACCUGGAGUCACUGACUUGUGUAGAGACACUCUGUUUGCGAUGGAACCUUAUUAAAAGAAUUGAAAAUCUACAUACACUUACCAUGCUCAAGGAGUUGGAAUUGUAUGAUAACCAAAUUAACGUUAUUGAAAAUCUGUCUGCGCUCAUCAACCUUGAGGUUCUUGAUAUCUCUUUCAAUCGAAUUAGAAAAAUUGAGAACUUGGAGGGACUAACCAACCUGAAGAAGCUGUUUUUGUGUGCUAACAAGAUAUCACGGAUUGAAAAUGUCAACCAUUUAAGAAACCUGGAACUACUUGAACUUGGGGACAACAAAAUAAGGGUCAUUGAAAACCUAGAUGGAAUGACAAAUUUAAAUAGCAUCUUCCUGGGUAAGAACAAAAUAAUGAAGUUACAGAAUCUGGACUCGCUUAUCAACCUUGAGAUACUUGGUGUACAGAGUAACCGAAUAACCAAGAUUGAAGGUCUUGGUCGUCUUGUCAACCUGGAACAGCUUUACUGUUCUCAUAAUGGCAUAGAAGCACUAGAAGGUCUUGACAAUAAUAUCAAACUUCAGACCUUGGAUAUGGCUGUCAACAGAAUUAAAAAGAUUGAAAACAUUAAUCAUCUUUCUGAGCUAGAGGAAUUCUGGUUUAAUGGUAACCAGAUCAAUGAUUGGAAUGACUUGAAGCAGCUGGAAAACGCAAAAGGUUUACAGACAGUUUAUCUAGAGGGAAAUCCAUUACAGCGGGACCCUAAUUACCGUCGCAAAAUCAAACUAGCACUUCCUUCACUUACACAGAUUGAUGCUACACUUUGCCGGUAGAUUAUGAAGCUGGAGAACUGGCAUUCGAAGCUCUUCCUUUUUUUGUCCCAAAAACUGCCAAAUUUUUCAUGAUCUUUAAUGUCUCUUAUGUGUUAGUCAUAUGUUGCACGUGUCGAUACAGCUGUGGUCUCUGCUAUCGUAUUUUAUAGACAAUGUUCACCCAGUUUUGUAGUAUUUGUCAGUGAUAAAGCUUCACAAAAAAAACAAAAACACAUUCACCUCAUUUUUAUAGUCUCUGUCAGUGAAGAAGUUAACACAGCUUCACAGAAGGAAUGAAUGAAUAAAAAUUUUUUCACCAAAUUUUGUAGUUCUUGUCUGCAAUAUAGUUGAUACAGCUUUAUACAAUGUGAAAUAAACUUGUGGCACUUUUCUGAAUAUAGUUACACCUUGCAUUUGUCUGAGGACCUAUUGUCAAAUUGAUUGUUAUUAUGCAGUAAUUAACAUAUUGCCCUUGUUUUUUUAUAUGCCUGUAUGGCAGUUAUGUAAUUAAAAUAUUUAUGUGAUGUUUGGGAUAUAGUAACUGAGUAAGUAUAAUUUUGUUAAUCCAGUUAUCCAUAUGAAAUAUAUAUAUAUAUAUAUAUAAAUUACUAUUAAAAAAAUAUUAUUUAUGUACAGUAGGUUCUUUUUAAUGCAUUUACACAUCAUUUUGAAAAAUGGAUCUCAGACGUGCUAAUAGAUUUAAGUUUUGAAGACAAAGUUAUUUCACUUGUCAUGGAAAAUAGGUAAUAAUUUUAUUGUAUGGUGUAUGCAACUAUUUAAGACAUCACUCGAUUGACUUAACCAGUCAUGCACAUAGGAUGCGAUUUUUUCAUAAUAGCAACUUGUAUGGUAUUUAAUUUUACAAAGCAAAAUUCCAGAUUUGAUUAACCAGUAGUGACAAUCUUGCAUCUAAAGUACAGUAAGAAGUAUUUUGUACAAUGAAUAUUGAUGAAGGAGGCAUUCUCUGUGCUUAGUAAUAGAGCAUUAGAAAAUACACAGUAACUUAUUGACA